UCUAAUUCACGCACACAACUCUAGCAAACAUGCCUCCUCCUAAAGCAAAGGGCGGCAAAAUGCUCGCCUUGAUCAACUACCGGCUUCGUGUGACUCUGAACGACGGGCGCGAGCUGACAGGACAAAUGCUCGCCUUCGACAGGCACAUGAACCUCGUCCUAGCAGACUGUGAGGAGUUCCGCAAGACGCGUUCAAAAACAAAGGGGGAGAGUGAUGGUCCUGCGGCCGUUUCGAUGGCACAGGAAAUUAAGAGGACCCUCGGGCUUGUCAUUUUGCGUGGCGAGACUAUCGUCAGUAUCAGCGUGGAGGGCCCGCCACCUACGUCGGAUGAAGAUAAGAUGAAGAGUCAGGUACGCUUUCAGCCUCUGUGUGCGUACGGUGUGAUGUACUGAAAGUUGUUCGUAGCUUGCCCCCGGUCCUGGUCGGGGUAUGCCCGCAGGUCGUGGCAUGGGCAUGAUGGGUUUCCCUCCGCCUCCUUUUGCCGCUGGCCGUGGUAUGCCUUUCCCUGGCCCUCCUGGCGCAGGUGCCCCUCCCGGAUUCCCUCCUGGCUUCCCCGGAGGUGGGCCGCCACAGGGAUUCCCUGGCGGUCCUCCAGGUGGCCCAUUCCCCCCUGGUAUGCCGUUCCGUCCCCCUGGUUUCCCCGGCGCGUCAUGAGUGUUGUCUGCUGCCCCUCAGGUUUCGCGUCUCUACAGAUGACUGCACUUGUCGAGCGAGAUCCAGAGAUCAUGUUUUCCUCAAAAUUGUAUCGUCUAUGUGUAUGCCUUGUACAUAUGACGAUUGUGUUAAUAUGACGGGCGUUUUCCAUAAUCCAUGCCUGUCUUCGACCGAAACUUUCACAUCUGACUUCAAUGCUCACAUAUUUGGAAUGGUGC